CUCUCUCUCCGUAAGACUGUUUUAAAGUCUCUGCCAGACUUGGGCUCACUUCCUGGAUGGAUGGAGGAAUGGAAAGCUUCCAGCAUCUCUACACUGCCACUACCAGAACCAGAUCGGACUGUCCUCUCUCCGUGUGCCCGACGAGCGCUGCCAUCACCGCCGCAGCCGCAGGAGCGACGACGCGCUGUGUGGAUCAUCGUGUCUGAGCUCGCUUUUCCCUUGCUGCACGCACACGCUUGUCGAUCACAGCAGCAUCUCAGUGUUAUGUCCAUGUCCAGGAAUAUCAUUGGAUUUUAGGAUAGAAAGACGCUUUCCUGGUCCUCUGAAGACAUUUAUCCGCCCUCCAUCUCCAUCGUGCACAGUCUCCGUCUGCGCUGCGUCUCUGGCGCUGCUUUUUACGCAGCACAGGCGUCAUAGAUUUGACAGCAAAAAGGGGAAACUCAACAGUUGUUGCUGCUAAUUGUUUGCAUGUCGACGUGUAUAUUACUACCAUGUGGAGGCUACCGCAACCGUGUUGUUACUGCUGCUGGAUUUUCUUUCUCCUUUUGUCAGCCCUCCUGUUCAUCUGGGCCGAGUGUCAUCCCGCGUUGACAGGGAGCCAAGCAGAGUCCCAAGCCCCUAUCAAAGACCUUCGCAGGUCUACUGCCGGUGGGACACGACACUGCAGAGCAACCACUGAGGAGACCUACUGGGCCUAUUCAGGUAUAUAUGGACCAGAUGAGGGCUGGGCAUCUUCUUAUCCUGAGUGUCGAGAGAAAAACCAGUCCCCAAUCAACAUUGUGGACCAGGAUACUAAGGUAUCCACAGAGUUUCAGGAACUGACACUUGAGGGCUUUGAUGCUGAAUCCUCUAAUAAGACAUCUAUGAAGAAUACUGGCAAAACAGUGGCCGUUGUGUUGAAAGAUGACUACUUUGUCCGUGGAGCAGGCCUACCAGGGAGGUUUAAGGCAGAGAAAGUAGAGUUUCACUGGGGUCCUAGCAAUGGGUCUGAGGGCUCUGAACACAGUAUCAACGGUAGGCGCUACCCUGUGGAGAUGCAGAUCUACAUGUACAACUCAGAUGACUUUGACAGUCUCAGUGCAGCACUCAGGGAGAAGAGGAUCAUCGCUGCCAUUGCUGUUUUUUUUCAGGUGGGAGGGAGGGACAAUCCCGCUGUCGACCCCAUAAUUCAUGGCCUGAAGGGUGUGGUCCAUCAUGAAAAAGAAACGUUCCUAGAGCCAUUUGUGCUGAAGGACCUGCUGCCGUCCUCAUUGGGAAGUUACUAUCGUUACACUGGCUCUCUGACCACGCCGCCCUGCAGUAAGGUGGUGGAAUGGAUCAUCUUCAGCAGGCCAAUACACGUCUCCUACAAACAGUUGGAGGCUUUCUACUCAAUCUUCACCACAGAACAGCAGGAUCAUGUUAAAUCGGUGGAGUAUCUGCGCAGUAACUUCAGGCCCAUCCAGAACUUGGACAACCGCCAUGUCUUCAAGUCAGCAAUCAAAGAUGCCUGGCUGCCUGACCUGAUUGACAACAGCAGUGGGCCGUACGGCACAGAAGCUUCCAAAGUGUGCAGCAGUGCUCCCAUCAACAUGAAGGUGCAGCAUGUGAAUGGCAGUGCACUAGUGGUCCGCUGGGCUCGUCCGGAGGUCACCUACCACCCACCCAUCCUCCACUUCCUGGUGUCCUACAGCUGGACCUCCCAUGACGACAGCUAUGAGGAGACCCACCUUACUGAUGCCAAACACAACCUGGAGGCCAUCAUUGCUCCCGUCUCCCCUGAUGUUCUGUACCUGUUUCGAGUCCAGGCCGUCUGUAUGAAUGACAUGCGCAGUGACUUCAGCCAAAGCAUGCUCUUCAGAGCUAACACCACCAGGAUCUUUGAGGGGACAAGGAUUGUAAAAACUGGAAUGCCAACAGUGUCCCCAGCCUCCUCAGCUGACAUGGCUCCCAUUUCCUCUGGCUCAUCAACUUGGACCUCUUCUGGAAUCCCCUUCUCUUUUGUCUCUAUGGCGACAGGCAUCGGCCCAUCUUCUAGCGGUAGUCAAGCAACUGUGGCAUCUGUGUUGACCAGCACUUUGCUAGCUGGCCUGGGUUUCAGCGGUGGCGUCAUCUCUUCUUUCCCCAGCUCCAUUUGGCCGAGCAGAGCCCCCACUCAUAAUCCCACCAGUCUACAUCGGACCACUGAGGUCACCAAAGAUUCCACCUCCUCUGCCUCUGCUAUCACAGUGGCCACAGUCAAAGAUAACAGUGAAGCUGGGGGUGAGGACAGAGGGAACAACAAGGGUCAAGGAGAGGAUGGAGAAAGGGAAGGAGAGGAUAAGGAUGAGGAAGAUGAAGAAAAAGACAAGAGGAAAGAGAAGAAAAAGUCAUGUGGCGUGAAUGAAGCAGAGGAGGACAGCAGCACAGAGGUAAACCAGCAACCCAGUGAAACACCAGACUCCACUGCAAAGGAGAAAGAACAGACUGAACCAAAUCUAACUAAGCUGCCGCCAUGCAGAAAAUAUCAACUGGAAGUGUACACCCACAAUCCCCAGGACUCCAAAACCAUCACCACUACAGAGACAGCUGGUGGAACUGCAGCUUUAUUUGCGCCUACAAACCCUGCAGUGACUCUCAGAGCUAGCACAGAGGAGGACAAGAAGCAAUGGCCUUUUUCCUUCCAUACUGAUCGUCCUAACACAGUGACCAACCUAACCCGUCAGGCAAGGCCUGCGUCUGGGGCAGGACUGGAUCAUGUGGAGUGGCUGGUGCCUUUGGUGGUGGUCUCAGCUCUGACCUUCCUCUGCCUCUUCCUGCUGCUGGCUGUGCUCAUCUACUGGAGGCGCUGGUUCCAGACGGCCCAUUUCUAUGUGGAAGACAGCAGUUCACCCAGGAUGGUACCCAAUGAGACAAUUCCUGUCAUCCCCAUCCCAGCAGAUGACAUGGAAGCCCUUCCGGUCAAGCAGUUCAUCAAACACGUUUCUGAACUCCACUCAAAUAACCAACAUGGAUUCUCUGAAGAUUUUGAAGAGGUUCAGCGGUCCACAGCAGAUAUGAACAUCACGUCGGAGCACUCACACCACGCCGACAACAAGCACAAGAACAGAUACAUCAACAUUGUGGCCUAUGACCACAGCAGGGUGAAGCUGAGGCCGCUGGCUGGGAAAGACUCCAAACACACAGAUUACAUCAAUGCCAACUAUGUGGAUGGUUAUAAUAAACCCAAAGCCUACAUCGCAGCUCAGGGACCUCUCAAGUCCACUUUUGAUGACUUUUGGCGGAUGGUGUGGGAGCAAAAUACCGGCGUCAUUGUCAUGAUCACCAACUUAAUGGAGAAAGGCCGGAGAAAAUGCGACCAGUACUGGCCAACAGAGAACAGUGAAGAGUACGGCCACAUGUUAGUCACACUAAAGGACAGUAAAGUUCAUGCCUGCUACACUGUCCGCCAUUUCACACUGCGCAACACUAAAGUCAAAAAGGCGCGGGCUCAGAGUGAACGGACAGUACUCCAGUAUCACUACACCCAGUGGCCAGACAUGGGUGUCCCAGAGUAUACACUGCCUGUUCUGUCAUUUGUACGCAAGUCCUCAGCCGCCCAGAUGCCUGACAUGGGACCCUUGCUUGUCCACUGCAGUGCUGGAGUGGGGCGGACAGGGACAUACAUCGUCAUAGACAGCAUGCUGCAGCGGAUCCUGGACAAGAGCACAGUUAAUGUACUUGCUUUCCUCAAACAUAUACGCACCCAGCGCAACUACCUAGUCCAAACUGAGGAACAGUAUAUCUUCAUACAUGAUGCCUUGACAGAAUCCAUUUUGGGGAAAGAGACAGAAGUAUCAGUCAGCCAGCUUCACAGCUACUUUAACACAAUCACAACACCAGGACGCAGUGGGAGGACACGACUGGAGAAACAGUUUAAGCUAGUUACUCAGUGCAAUGCAAGAUAUACGGAAUGCUUCAACGCUCAGAACGAGAGCAACAAAGAGAAAAAUCGAAAUUCCUCCGUGGUGCCAUCGGAGCGAGCGAGGGUCAGCCUAGCACCUUUGCCCGGGAUCAAAGGCACCGAUUAUAUUAACGCCUCUUACAUCAUGGGUUAUUACCGGUAUAAUGAGUUCAUCAUCACUCAGCAUCCUCUGCCCCACACUACAAAAGACUUCUGGAGAAUGAUCUGGGACCAUAAUGCACAAAUUAUUGUUAUGCUGCCUGCCAACCUUGGACUGGCAGAGGAUGAGUUCGUGUACUGGCCCAGUCGGGAGGAGGCGAUGAACUGCGAGGCGUUCACUGUCACCCUUAUCAGUAGAGACCAACUCUGUCUGUCCAGCGAAGAGCAGAUCAGCAUCCACAAUUUCAUCCUGGAAGCUACACAGGAUGACUAUGUACUAGAGGUUCGUCACUUUCAGUGUCCCAAGUGGCCAAACCCCCUCGCCCCCAUCGGCAGCACUUUUGAGCUAAUCAACGUCAUUAAAGAGGAGGCUGCCACACGAGAUGGACCAACCAUCGUCCACGAUGAGUUGGGAGCAGUGUCAGCUGGCAUGCUUUGCGCUCUUACCACCUUGUCUCAGCAGCUGGAGAGCGAAGGCGCCGUUAAUGUCUAUCAAGUGGCCAAGAUGAUCAACCUCAUGAGACCAGGAGUCUUCACAGAUAUUGACCAGUACCAGUACCUAUACAAGUCUCUUCUUAGUUUCGUCAGCACCAAGGACAAAGGUGUGGGACUUCUGACCCAGGACAUGAAUGGGACGAUGGUGUCCAUAUCCGACCAGUCCGACCAGGCAGAAAGUAUGGAGUCACUAGUCUAAAAAGAGGUCCGUCUGGCCCUGAAGCUGAGCUGAGGUAGUCUUGUGGGUCCAGACACCCUGCAAGGUUCCUGAGCUCACAAUGUAGGCAUUUAACUUUGUAAACCGUCAAGGAACUAUUGUGGACAAGACUUUUUGAGGCCUUUUUUGCCGGACUCUUGGUUAAAAAGAAUAACCUGAUAACUUUUUUACACUGAUAAAAAGUUUUUGAUAUUUAUUUUUUUUGCCAUUUUAUGUCUUAAUGUUCUCCUACUGAAGGGUUUGCACCUGUGUUUUUAAGUUUCACGACAGUUGCAACAAGAAACACUUUUCUGUCUUUUCUUGUUUGCACCAUAUAAAGUCAGUGUUACUGCCGAUACUGAAGCUGACUCGGUUGUUUUUUUUCUUUUUUUUCACUCAAGAUCAGAUUUUUAUGGCCAACUGCUUCUAUACAGGACAUCCUCCUGCCUGCCACCUACCAGUUGAUUUAAGACAGUGGACAGAGGAAGGCACAAACUCCCCACCUCAGUAACAAAAUGUUGUUCAACCACAGCUCAGUUUGACCUCCUCCUCCCUGUUGGUCUAUAGUAAUCAUAUUAUUUCUCACUUAUCACAAGAACCAAGAUCUCGGAACCUCUUGCCACAGACAAGUAGCGCUUGUUGUUGAAAAUGAAUUUCCACUUCACUCAUUUUUUUGUUUGCUUGUUUAAUUGUCAUGCUGCCUCUUGCUGAGUCACUCUUUGUGAGUCACAACCAUGCUAGAAUACUUAAGGUGGUGUAACAACUGCUACUGUGAACUUUUAUGAUUAUUUCUUUGUAUAAUUCAUAUUAUGCUUUUUAAUAUACGGGAAUACUGUAUGUACACAUAUAUAAAUAUAUCCUUAUCUUAAUAACUUUGUCA